GUUGCGAUUGUGAUUUAAGCGCGCAGCGAGUGAAUGAGGGAAGAGGAGGAAGAAAAAAGGUAGAUUUUGAGCUUCUGCAGAGGUUUUCACCGUGUUACAGCAGAUACUGCGAGUCUGAGGAGACGAUCAGAGACAAUCAGAGAUCAAAGAGACGGUCAGAGACAUGAGUUCAUCACCUGGACUCAGAGAGCGACAGUGCGCCUGAACUUCAGCAGCUCACUCUGUGUGUGAAGAAGCCCAGAGCUCUGCUCAGCCGGAGGGAUUACUGACAGCAGCACUCACUACUGACUUUCAGACCGAGUUUGAGGAGCGUCUCGCCGGGUUUUGCUUUGUUUCUCUUUCUGUUGCUCCGAUUUUUUUUGCACAGUUUUGAGUCUGCCAAGACUUGCAAUCCAGCACGUGCUUGGAAAAGAGCGAGAAAAAAGGGCUGCGAUGGUGAACAGCCGCGUGGAGUCGUCGGCCGUGGCCGUGACAGGAGGCAGUGGUGGGUCUGGGCGCUCGUGUGCUGGCUGCGGGGGCCGCAUUUCUGACCGGUUCCUGCUCUUCUCCAUGGAGCGCUACUGGCACACGCGCUGCCUGAAGUGCUCGUGCUGCCAGGCCCAGCUGGGAGAGAUCGGCACCACCUGCUACAGUAAAGGGGGCAUGAUCCUCUGCAGGACCGACUACAUCAGGCUGUUUGGUCACAGUGGGGCCUGCAGUGCAUGUGGACAGUCGAUUCCAGCCAGCGAGAUGGUGAUGAGGGCACAGGGAAACGUCUACCACCUCAAGUGUUUCACGUGUGCCACGUGUCGGAACCGUCUGAUGCCCGGAGACAGAUUCCACUACGUCAACGGCACCAUCUUUUGUGAGCACGACCGGCCCGGUGGAGCCCUGCUCAGCAGUCACCUGACCCCCCUGCAGAACAGCACCCUCCUCCCUGAUCAGAAGGUUUGCUGAGGGGACAAGGACUUCACACAGCAUAGCGUGCCUUCUCCUUGUCCUUUUUGUCUUCUCUUCUUCUUCAACCCACUCUCUCUCCACCUUCAUCUUCCUGUUGUGAAAUCUUCAUCCGUAUCCAAGACACUCUCAUUCUGUUCAUCAGACCUCCAUAAAGGACCUCUUCACCUGAGCAGAGUUCUUCUCAGAGGCCGGAGAACCUAUCCGAACCUCUCACAGACUUCCAGGCUGAUCUGAGCGAGCAGAGUGGGAAGCUGGAACAGUCUGGAGCUCACUGUUAAUGAUGGCUGCGGUUUGCAUCUGGUGGACCUGCUGAGUGAGACCUCAUGAGCCGUAAAGCGAGACUGCUGAGAACUGAGAAGCCCAAACCACAGAAGACGAGAAGGACCCACACUUGCAGUGCUAUUUUUACAUUUGAUAUUAAGACUUUUUUCUGAGGGUGCUGUGGAUGUUCUCGCAGCACUCUGGACAGUGAAGCACUGUGGACAUUACUGUGCUGGAUGAUUCAGAACAUUGCCUCUUCCUCUCUUAGCUCCUCCACUCGUUCCCUCUGAAAUUCUGAGUUUUUCGUGGUUUGUACUCCUGUUGCCACAUUAUUCACACAACUUACGGUCGUUGAAGAUUUGUACUGCUGGUGGUCGCCCGUUUCAUUGACUGGAAAUCACAUUUUCACAAGUGGGUCUGAUGUACAUGUCCUGCUUGAGAAGCGAGGGAGAGGAGAACCCAAAUGUAUAUAUAUUCCCUUUCUUGUGCUCUCAUAUUGUGUGCUUAAUGGCUGAUUUCUUUUUUUGUGUUUCAGUGUACUCUGUUGAUCAAACAGGCAGAGGUGCAUUUUAAAUGAUAUAAGAUAUCUGUAUAGUAAAAAAGUACUUAUUAAAUAACUAUAACCAGUAAAUAA